AUGUCUUCCGCCUUAACUACUGACUUUAGUUCAAAUUCCUAUGAAAACCCAGAAACGUCCUUGAAUUUGGUGAAGAUCGGUGACAUGUCGGGUCAUGUGGAACCGAUAGCCUUAAGAAGAGGGGUUCGUCAGGGGGACCCAAUCUCACCUUAUUUAUUCAUUAUUGCUGUUGAAGGGCUGAAGUGUAUUCUCGACCAAUUGAUAGCUUUGGUUUUCACUCGGGGUUUCUACUACGCUGCAGAUAAGGAUCCUAUCUCUAUCCCGAAUCUUCGAUGCUAUGAAUUGAUCUCGGGAUUAACGAUUAAUUUUCAUAAGAGUUCAAUUAUGGGAAUUAACGUUUCAGAAGAGGAAUUGUUGUUGGCAGCAGGUACGAGCGAUUGCAAGAUUGAUUCGUUUCCCAUAAUGUAUUUGGGAAUCACUUUAGCCAACCGAAAGCUAGCUAUGGGGGCUUGGGACCAUGUGGUGGAGCGUUUCAAGUCACGUCUGGCUUUAUGGAAAGGUUAUCUCUUGUCCCCUAUCUGCAGAUUAAUCCUUAUAAAAUAUGUCCUCUUUAGUGUUCCUGUCUACUUCAUGUCUUUACAUAGCAUGCCUAUUGCGGUCAGUAAGAAAUUAGAAUCUUACAUGAUUCGAUUUCUAUAG